AUGAGUAAAAGAAGCAAAGUAUUUUUUGAUAUAGCAAUUGACAAUAGAAGUGCUGGAAGAAUAAUUUUUGAGUUGUUUAAUGAUAUAACACCAAGAACAUCAGAAAAUUUCAGAGCAUUAUGCACUGGAGAAAAAAUAGGAUCUAGAGGAAAACAUCUACAUUAUAAGGGCUCAAUAUUUCAUAGAAUUAUUCCUCAAUUUAUGUGUCAAGGAGGAGAUAUAACAAAUGGAAAUGGUUCAGGUGGGGAAUCAAUAUAUGGUAGAUCAUUUGCUGAUGAAAAUUUUCAAUUGAAACAUGAUCAACCAGGUUUAUUAUCAAUGGCUAAUGCUGGACCAAAUACCAACUCUUCUCAAUUUUUCAUCACAUUAGUUCCAUGUCCAUGGUUAGAUGGAAAACAUGUUGUUUUCGGAAAAGUUGUCGAUGGAAUGAAUAUAAUAAGAGAAAUGGAAAGUGAAGGUUCAAAAGGAGGAUAUGUCAAAAAACAAGUUGUUAUUACUGAUUGUGGAGAAUUAUAA